AUGAGGGAGCAUUUGGGAGGAAACUACAGCGUUGCACUCGAGGUCUACAACGGUAUCGAGGGCUGGAAAGCUUCCACCUUUUACAAUAUCUAUAUCGAUCCUUUCAUCCCCAUCACUAAUCUUCAGAUCAUCAUUCCUGUGGCGAACGCGGGAUUUGCCACUGGAGAGGUGGUAGAAAUGAAUAUAAAGAUGGAUUCAGGUUCUCCUGCUCUCAUCUACAUCAACUGGGGUGACGGAGGCGCAGCCAUUCUGGAAACGACCAUCGAAAUGGUAGAUCCCACUUUGGUGUACAAGUUCAAUCAUUCCUACCCUUUGGAUGGAAAAAAGAACGUGACAGUGGAAGCAAGAAACACUCAGGGUGCUCUCAUCGGUGUGGCAAACUCUCAGGCUGCUUCAGUGGAGAUAGAAAUCCUGAAUCCUGUUGAAAACGACUGGAAUCUUACGAUCUCUAGCGGCCUAACCAGCAGCAUCGUUCUGUCUCCCCCCGGAGAUGUGAUGUUUGGCCUGACCUGUACUUGUCCUACGCUACCAACAUCGGCGACGGCUGCUUGGAACCUCGACAAUGUCACCAAUGCGACCCAAACAGCUGAUUCUAAGUCAUUAGUCAUGCUAAAAUCUUUCCAGAUCCAGAGUGGAUCUGGCAGCAGAAGUUCCUUGCACCAAGUUACGGUUAACAUCUCCAACGCCAUCUCUUCUCAGAAGCUCUCCUUAGAUUUCCUUGUUCUGCUCAACAACACACCGACAGAAAUCCAUCAACUGAUGUCAAUAGCUUUGGGCCAACACUGUCCAGCUAACGAGACGAUCCGAAAGUGGUCAAAGCUCUUCCUAGAGGUGAAGACGGACCUCGAAGAUGAGCCACGAAAUGGUCGACCAGUUUCUGCUUCAACACCAGCAAAAGUCCCGCAAUUCGCUAACCUCCUUCAAGAAGACCGCCGAAUCACCACCAGGCAGAUAGCAUAUGAGCUGGACCUCUCACCCGAUACCGCUCAUCGCAUCGUCACUGUAGAACUGGGCAAGAAGGGCGGGAACUACAGUGUGGCACUGAAGGUCUACAACGAAAUCCAGGGCUGGAUUGCAUCUCCAUUCUAUGACAUCUCCAUCGACCCAUACAUUCGCAUCACUAAUCUAAAGAUCGUCAGUCCUGCGAUGUUUUCCCUGUUUUCUCUGAGGGAAAAUAUAGAAGUGAGCAUCAAGAUGGAUUCGGGUGCUCCGGCUCUUGUUUAUGUCUACUGGGAUGAUGGGGGCAUAGCCACUCUGGAAAUGACCAUCGAUCAGGACGACCCAGGGAAAUUGUACAGAUUCAAUCACUCUUACGCCUCCGCUGGAGUAAAGAACGUCACCGUCGAAGUGAGGAACACAGACGGAGACCUCGCUGGCCGUCCUAAUUUUCAAACAGUGUCUGUCACGUUUCAAGUUCUUUCUCCUCUGGAAGGCAACUGGUCCCUUGGAAUUGUCUCUGGACUCACAAAUGGGAUUCUUUUGAGUCCUCCAGGUUCAUUAACUUUUGGAUUGAACUGUUCAUCAUGCACAAUCCCUCCAACUGCCGCUGUAGCAAAAUGGGACUUCGGUAACGGCAACACAUCCAACCAAACUGUGGACUCGAAUAAGCUCCUCAUUUCCAGAGUUUAUACGCCUGCCACUGGAACGACUCGAUCUUUGUACACGGUCGGAGUGAAUAUAUCAAAUCCCAUAUCAUAUAUUGAGGUUCCAUUGAAGGUCAACGGUGUGGCAGUGCAGCUGGAAAUUUGGAGCGCUAUUCAAAAUGUGAGCAUGGCAGUGAAUUUCAUCGAUGGCAAUGGAACUCUGAGGCCUGGCUACGGAGAGAACGGCACCGUUUUCCCUCUCCGCUAUCCCAUCGUGUUUCUUCCCCAAUUCACCAGUGGAGUUGUAACAAAAUAUAGAUUCAGAGAAGAGAAUGGCACCAUUCUGGCCGAAUUCGUCGUUGAGGACAAGUUCAACCCUAAUAUUACCAGAAUGGAGAAGCGCUUCGAACAGGGUGGCAUGCACCGAAUAGCCCUUGAAUUGUACAACGAAGCUCAAGGAUGGGUUUCCUCUGGUUUCUUUACCGUCAACGUUGAUGCGUUCAUUCCAAUCACCGAUCUCCAAAUCAUCGAUCCAAAGGGAGGCUCACAGUUUGCAACAGAAGAAGAGAUAGAAGUGAGCAUCAAGAUCGGGUCAGGUGCUCCAGCUCUCGUCUAUAUUUUCUGGGAUGAUGGAACUGGGAAUGACAUUUUGGAGACGACGAUCAAUGAAGCCGAUCCAGCCACAUUGUACCGAUUCAAUCGAUCCUACACUUCUGCUGGAGUAAAGAACGUUACCGUUGAAGUGAGGAAUGAACCAAAGCAGAAAAGAAAAAGGCGGAAUGCUGCUGACGUAGUUGGCACCGGUCAACCGAGUUCUCAGAAGUCGUUUGUCACCUUUGAAGUUCUCUAUCCUGUGAAGGACGACUGGUACCUCACAAUUGCCAGCGGACUCACUAAUGGAGUUGUUCUCGAUCCUCCAGGUGAGGUGACAUUCGCGUUGAACUGUUCAUCAUGCCUGGAUCUCCCGACGGUCGCUGUAGCAGAAUGGGACUUUGGUGACCAGAAGGCGAACAGUCAGCAAGUGGACUCGAAUCAACUAGUCAUGAAGAAUGUGUACACGACUGUCUCUGGAACAAACCGCUCUUUGUACUCUGUCAGAGUAAACAUGUCAAAUGCUGUCUCAUCUGCUGAAAUCCACCUAAAUAUCAACGGAGUGGAUAAACAGCUGGAAGUUUGGAGAAAAAUUGAAGAUGUCAGCAUGGAGGUGAAUUUCUUGGAUGUGUAUGGAUCUCUCGUUCCCGGCUAUGGAGAUAAUGGGACAUACUUUCCUCUGCAUCGGCCAGUUGUGCUUCUUCCAAAAUAUCAUGGAGGAGUCAUUUCGAAGUUCAGGUACAAGCAACAUAACGGCACCAUUUUGGUGGAAUCGGACGUGACGGACGAGUUCAAUCCCAAUAUCACCCGGUUGGAGAAAACAUUCGAUGAGGGUGGCCAAUAUAGAUUUGGAGUGGAACUUUACAAUGAAGCACAAGGAUGGGUUCCUUCUGGAUACCAAGAGGUCAACAUCGAUCCCUAUAUCCCAAUCGUCAAUCUCCAGAUCCUCCAACCGAAGCCAAGUUCUGUCUUUGCUGUCAGAAAAGAUGUUGAAUUCGUCAUCCAGAUGGAUCAAGGCUCCCCGGCAAUAAUCAACAUAUUCUGGGAUGAUGGAACCGGGACGAUGGUGCAGGAAGCUACCAGUGAGGUGUUGCUUCAGUUCUCAUGUGCUUCGUGUGCUGACUCCCCAACAUCAGCGACUGUGGCAUGGGAUUUUGGAGACGGCACAACAGCCACUGAAAAUAUUGUCUCGAAUCGCCUCACGAAGACGAAGACGUUUACCACCCCUGCAGACAAACGCAGCUCUUCAUACGCUGUUAAUGCCACCUUGUCAGAUGCUCUUGCAUCUCACACGUUCCCACUGAAGAUCAAUGGUAUAGAAACUGCAGUCUUGAUCACUGCCAAGUCUUCAAGUGUUGUCAGCAAAUUCCAGAUUGUACAAGACAACAAAACUGUACUCGUUGAAAAGGAGGCAGCUGACAUGUUCAAUCCUUCCGGAGAAAUCAUGCCCUUCAAAUUUAAAGAGGAUGGUGUAAAAAAGCUGAUUUUGAACGCCUACAACAAGAUCCAGGGCUGGGUCCAGUCUGGAACGUACGAACUUGUACUUUUGGGUCAAGGGAUUAGUCUCGUCAUUGAUGACUUCAACAUCAUUACCAAACCGGGAAUUUUGAAGGAGAUGGAAAUUCGUUCCAGUUCAUUGUCACCUACGGCCUGUUUAAUCGUCGACUUCGGAGAUGAAUCCUCAGCAUUUUCUUUUGGAAAUGAAGACACCUGCUCCAAUCAUCCCACUGCUUUCUACCAACAAGAUACGCCCUUGACCAAUCCAUUGAAAAUCUACCGCUACUAUUGGAAAGAAAGUGCUUACAAUGUGACUGCUGGUGCAUGGGACGGGAAGUCAAGCGCUUCUGCUUUUCUCGUGAUCGUCGUGUCGGAAAUGGAUUGUUCCUUUCCUAAUGUUUCCAUCAGAUCACAAUCUAAUAGCAUUCCCAAAGCAGACGGUUUCACCAUUACAGGAGUGGCUCAAAUCAACUGCAGCGAGAACAGUCUCACGAAGAAACGUUGGGAAAUAUGGUUAGAUGCAGAGACGAGGGCUAUUCCAAUAGAAGGAGUCCUGGACAGCUGGAACAAGUCUCGUCUUACAGUGCCUCCCUUUUUCCUCCCCUAUGGAAUAUACAAAAUCCGUUACACCGUGAGGAUGUGGGGGACACCCGAUCUGCAAUUACUCCCGGUGGAAAGAUAUGCCGAUACUUACGUAGAAAUCACUCCCUCGCCACUGGUCGCACUUCUCUACCCAGGAGGGAUGUCAAUGAGUGAACGCUUUCAUCCCGCCCAAACAGAAUUGAACCCUUAUGCUUACUCCUACGACCCUGAUGCACCUGAGGACAAGACUGGCAUGACGUUCGAGUACUUCUGCAAGAGGGAGUUUGAAUCCUUUCCGAUGGUAAAUGGAGAUUAUGACCAUACCACUCGUCCCAUUCCGAAAACAAUGCCCACUUCAGACGGUGGAGGAUGCUUUGGCAAUGGACCUGGUGCAUUGGAUUUUACGGGUGGCAAUCUUACAAUCCCAAACACCUACUUCUUUGUGUUGGACUUGCACAAUAUCAUGGUUGUGGUAAGGAAAGGGGACCGGAAGGGAGUGGCCUACAUGGAUGCCUUGAUCACUAUGAGAACAGUCCCUUCAUUUCCGCUUCCAGUAAUUGCAUGCAAAAUGCCGUCAUUGUGUCAGCAUCCAAAAGAAGUUGGAAUUUACAUAAAUCCAACGGCGCGAUUUGCCCUUGAAGGAAAAUGCCCCGUAUCAUGCAUGGCUCUCAACUACCAUUGGACUCUGCGUAUGGUGAAUUGCUCAGGGGAUCGAUGCGUAGCCAACAAAGAGCCUGUUCCAGAAGAUCCCAAUUUGUUCCCUGUCGGUACUAACCUGAAGGAGAUAUCUUUGUCUUAUGACAUAUUCACGCGACUUAAGGCGAAUGGGAUGAACAGAUUUCGACUGAGGUUGGAUUCAUUUGAUCCAAACACGAAUGAAUCAGCACUGGCCGAAGACUACCUCAUUUUGAACGAACCGCCAAUACCGGGAUCUUGCGUGGCAGAUCGUCCCAAUGGAUCCAUUCUGAAAGCAUUAGUUGAUGUCAUUACAAUAUCUUGCUCUGAUUGGUACGACAACGAGACCAGCGUUCAUGAGUACAACUUCUACUCCAGCCAAACAGAUGCAAACGGUCAGCGCUGGGACCUCGCCACAACGGACUAUCCUGAGCAGAAAAUUUAUCUCGGCCUCGGUUUCCAUAAUUUGAAUGUGAUGGUGAAAGACACGUGGGGAGCAUUCACCAUUUUUCACAUCGGCAACUUUACCAUGGAAAUGCCAACAAAAGAUGAAUUUGAUAAAAGUGAGCAAUUGCUUCGUGAGUUGGAUGGAGAAGGUGAUGUUGAUCAAGUGAACAUGGUAUUUCAAGCCCGAGCAUCUGUCAUGCAAGUAGCUCCAUGGCUCAGCCUUAAUUCUCAGGCAUUGGCUAAUCUUCCUGCAAACGAAUCUGAGUCUCGUAUAUUGGCCGUGCAAAAUCUUUACACAUCCAUGUUGAAGACGAUGGUCGAACAAGCGACUCCAAUGACUUACGGACAAGUCCUGAACACCCUCAGCUUCCUUACCAGAGUUACAGCGGGAAUCCAAAUGAAUGAUGCCAGCGCAUUAUCUUUAGGGCUGGAAGGAAGACAAGCUGCAAAAUCUAUUUUUGACAGUAUAACAAAGAAUCUGGACGGAAUUGAGUUCUCAACCCAAGAAAUGGGACUUCCAAUCAUGGCAAGCCUUCUCAUAGCUGGCCCAAAACUGAUGGGGGGAGUUCUGGGACAAUUGGAGAGUGGAAACUGCGAAGUUGAGGCGAACGUGGACAAGUCCUUUUGCUCUCCCAUAGACAAGGAACAAAGUUCCCUGGACUACGUCUUUCCGCCACCCAAUAAACUGUGGGCCCAGAGUGAAGACAUGGAAUCGCAGCGUUGUUGCUACAUUUUGGAUAGAGCUCGACAGGAGAGCUCUGGGCUCGGUGACUCUAUCGCUUCCAUCAUUGAUAAAGUGGCUUCAAAAAUGCUGGAGGCCAUGGUCAUUGGAGAGACCGUCAACAUGGAAGCUAUUAACGAGGUUUAUCUGAAAUUGAUGAAGGUGUAUGGUGAUGCACUCUACAACGGUUCCAAAAUAUUUGGUUCUGGAUCUUCCCUUUUGUUUCGAGACUGCCCAGUAGACAACUGUGAUCGAGUCUUUGGCUUGGUCAUGCUGGAAACACCACACAACAUGCGGAAUGGGCAGGGGAGCAAUGCGGAUCAAAUCAAGGGGACAAAAGUUGCUACAGUGGACUUGAAAGAGGAAGAAGGCAAGACUCUCCCGGUCCAGAACCUCACAACUCCUCUCAACUUGAAAAUCCCUAUGACAAAUCAGACCGGAAUUCUCAAUUCCAACUGCACCCAAGUGAAUCCAGUGCAUGAGCUAUCGGGACGAAGAAUUCCGAUCGUUUACCACAUGUUUUCUAAGCCAAAGAAUCAUGGAUUGGUAAUGCUGAAAUUUACGCUGAAUCCCGGAGAUGUCGCCAACACCAACUUCCUGAUACUUCUCCGAUCUGAUGGUCUGCCUUCUCCUAUCAAGGGAGAAUUCGACGAUUCUCCAAACUGCACUUCCGCCUUUCAAUUGAACAAACUCAUGCCCACAGGCUCCCAAGGGGAAUACACAUUCUCAGCCUGUGCAACACCACAAGACGAGAGCGACAAUGUCGAUCUCAAGACAGAUAAGCUGUCUGUUGGCGUCAUGAUGCUUAAAGUCGGCGUCGACUUCACAAACAUGCUUAGCGACGCCACUUUUGACAACAUGAUUCCAAAGUACCUGGUAAACUUCACUACUCCCUACUGCCUGCAGAGUAUAAAUAUUGCCAUGCUUUUCUAUGACGAGCAGAAGAAGCAGUACGACGACGCUGGAAUCCAGCUGACCAGCGUAGAUUCGCGAGCGAUGUCGGCCGAUGUGACACACUUGACGACCUUUGGAGGUGGAUUCUUUGUCAUGCCUAAUGCUGUGGAUUUCACAUAUGUGUUUUCACAUGCUGGCUUUGACGAUAACAUCACCAUCUACCUAUUGCUUAUUAUCACUGGUGUCAUUUACCUGACCCUUCUCAUUUGGGCUCGUUGGCAGGAUGGUCUAGAUGUUGCACUGAUGCAGAGGCAACAGAGGCCAGGAAGAGUGACCCCUCUCCACAUCUCACUUGGUUCCUCCAAACCCAAGGAGGCUGCAAGCCAGCAGCAGGCACAGUCCACCCAGUCCACAUCCUGCAAAUAA